AUGAAGACCAUUCUCAUCAUUGCUCUUCUCUGCGUGGCCGCCCAGGCCAAGCACCACAGAAGCCACCACCAAAAGGCGGCUUCGCACAUCGACCACCCCUCCGUCCAUGGCGUGCUGCAGGUCGUCGACGAAGUGGAGGGUGCCCCCAAGUACCCCGCCCCCCGUGUCAUCAGCGGCAUCCAGGCCACCCGCGGCCAGUUCCCGUACCAGGUCGCUCUGUACCUGAACGGCCGCUCCUUCUGCGGAGGCUCCCUCAUCUCCACUCGCUGGGUGCUCACCGCCGCCCACUGCGCCUCCGGAAUCAGCACCUUCACUGUGUACCUCGGCGCCCAGAACCUGAACGCAGCCAACGAAGAGGGCCGCGUCAUCAUCGAGACCACCUCCAAGAUCGUGCACCCCAACUACAGCUCCAUCCUCAUCUCUAACGACGUCGCUGUCGUCAACCUCAACCAGGACGUGCAGCUCAACACCAGCAAUGCCGUCAGCCCGCAGCUGAACUACGUCGACCUCACCAUCAUUUCCAACUCCGUGUGCGCUCAGACCUUCGGCGCCCUCCUCAUCCGCUCCUCCAACAUCUGCACCCAGGGCGUUGGCGAGCGCGGCGUCUGCAACGCCAAACUCCAUCGCAGCCAAGAUCUCAGGGCCCCUCGCAUAGAUCAUAGUUCCGUGGCAAGUGUGCAGCAAACCGUCGAUGUAGUCACAAGCGCUCCCAAGUACCCCGUUCCUCGUGUCAUCAGCGGCAUCCAGGCCUCCCGCGGCCAGUUCCCGUACCAGGUCGCUCUGUACCUGAACGGCCGCUCCUUCUGCGGAGGCUCCCUUAUCUCCACUCGCUGGGUGCUCACCGCCGCCCACUGCGCCUCCGGAAUCAGUACCUUCACCGUCUAUCUGGGGGCUCAGAACUUAAACAACGCCAAUGAAGAAGGACGUGUGAUCAUUGAGACCACCUCGAAGAUCGUGCACCCUAGUUACAGCGUCAUUCUCAUAGCGAAUGACAUUGCUUUAAUCAACUUGAAUCAAGAUGUACAGCUCAACAAGAGCACCGCUGUCAGCCCACAGCUGAACUACGUGGACCUGGCCAUUAUCUCCAACGACUUGUGUCGACAGACCUUCGGCACCUAUAUCCGCUCGUCCAACAUCUGCACCCAGGGACUCGGGGACCGCGGCGUGUGCAACGGUGACAGCGGCGGGCCUCUCGUAGACCUUGGGAGCGGCCUGCAGAUCGGCGUCACCAGCUUCGUGUCGUCCGACGGUUGCCAGAGCGGCAACCCCAACGGCUUCGUGCGCGUAUCCUCCUUCGCCAGCUGGAUCGCAGACAACACCGGCCUCGCUCUCUGA